AUGCCGCCGCCAUGCCGGAUUAUCAAGGUGGCACGGGAGGAGGAUUUCCGCUCGCGUGUUGGGAGAGACGGCAACUACUUCGAUCUCGUCGACUUCACCCGAAUCGCAGGAUUCAGCGUUCCGGACAGCACCACCAUCGGCGAUUUGAAGGUGAAGCUCACAGAGAGAUUUGAUAUCCCUAUGCAAUGUCAACGACUCUGGUUGUGGUGUAGUCGGGAAAACAAUACAUACCGUUUAGAUAGGCCAUUGAAAACCAAGGAGGAGGGACUAUUUGUAAGUAACAUUAUUAUCACCUUAUUUUACGGUGGCAAUCAUCUAGAGCUUUUUCUUGAGGUGGUCCAACCUCAUUCCCUACCAACAGAGACCAACAUAGAUGAUGCACUGGUGUUUCUAAAGCUUUUUGACUCAGAGAAUGCGCAGCUUAAUUUUGUUGGCUCGCUAUAUGUGAAAGUUUCAUCGAGACCUUCAGAUAUUCUUCCAAAACUAAGAAGUCUAGCCGGUUUCUGUGCAAGCCAACCAAUAGAUCUGUAUGAGAUUUUAACUGGGGACAUUAUUUGCUACCAGAAGAGCCCACCACAGAACUGGCGAAUAUAUUAUUCUGUUGCAUCUUUUCUGCAGCAUGUUUGUGAUAAUAAGGAAGAAGAAUGGAAGAGACACAUUUUAGAAGAGGAGAUUGUUAUGUUAAAACACCAAUCUGAUUCAGACCGUCUUCAGAAAGAGGAGACAAUGACUGUGUGUGAUCAGCUGAAACAUGAAUGAGACAAUGCUUUGCGACAAGUGAAUGAAUUACGUGAUCAGGGCACACAUGUCAUUCUCAAUUUUUCCCGUGAGGACUUGGAGCAAGCAACAGAACAUUUCAGUAAUGCCAGUGAGGUUGGUAAUACUGAAUAUGGACACACAUAUAGAGGCAUGACACACAAUACUAUGGUGGCAAUCAAGCUGUCCAGUUCCCAAAGCUUAUAUCUACAAGAGGUUUCAGCUCUUCGUCAGUGCAGACACCCGAAUAUUGUUGCUUUUAUCGGAGUAUGUUCAGAAGCCUCUGCUCUAGUGCAUGAAUGGUUAUCUAAUGGAAAUCUCGAAGGGCGCAUUGUUUGCGCAAAUGAUUCUCCACCUCUUUCAUGGCACAACCGCACACAAAUCAUCGGGGACGUUUGCAGUGCUCUGCUUUUCCUUCAUUCAAACAAGCCAACUGCUUUGGUCCAUGGUGAUCUCAGGCCUUGCAACAUCCUCAUUGAUGCCAGCUAAAGAAGCAAGCUCUGCAACAUUGGUAUGUCUAAGGUGUUGCUGCAGCCUGGGACCUGCCCACCAAACAUAACGGAAAGGCUGCCAUAUAUGGACCCUGAGUUCAAUGCCACUGGGGAGCUCACAGAACUCUCUGAUGUCUACUCACUGGGUGUUAUCAUCCUGCGGCUCUUGACCGGAAUGGCCCCCUUAUCUCUAUCAAAGAAAGUUGCCGAAGCAUUGGAGAGUGAUAGCCUGCACUUGCUGAUAGACAAAUCUGCAGGGGGCUGGCCUUACAUUGAAGCCAAACAGCUAGCUCUCCUUGGUGUUAGCUGCACUGAAAUGAUGGCAGAGAAACGGCCUGGUCUUUUCACCAAGGUGUGGAAGGUUGUUGAGCCCCUGAUGAGGAAGUCUCAUGCAGCCUCUUGGCCAUACUACCCAUCAGGAGAAAGUUGUGCCCCUGCUCCUUUCAUUUGUCCAAUCGCCAUGGAGAUCAUGAGAGAUCCUCAGGUGGCGUCCGACGGAUUCACCUAUGAAGCAGAGGCCAUAAGAAGUUGGUUUGAUAAAGGGAACAAUUCUCCGAUGACGAAUUUGGCCCUUCCCAAUCUCCAUCUUACACCUAAUCGUGUCCUUCGUUCUUCCAUCCAUGAGUAUCUUCAGCAGCAGAAGAAGCAGCAGCAGACGGAUUCCUGAACCUGCUUACCAGCUACCGUUGUCUGAUACAUUAUUUCUGAAGUGCACUUUUUUUGGGUAGUAACGGUAGGAUGGCUGUGGUGAUUUCAGUUAAGUAGGAAGGGAUGGAGAAGAAAUGGCAAGAACAACAAAUACAGGAAUAGGCUCUAACUCGAUUUGUACAUAGUUAUGAUACACUACGGUUUAAAUCAAGAUCACCAGUUCUCCAAUUGUCAGAGAUGGUUCUUUCUUUUUUAAUCCUGAAAGCUGAAACUGAUGACCUGACUAUUAGUGUUGUUCUUUCUUCAACGAUGAAUUAGAUUGUCACU